AGUAGAAGUACUGAGACCCAAGAAAAGGGAUUUUAGUAUUUAAUGCUAAAUUCAAGCAAGAUUAGAAGUUUAUAAUUCCCGCCUAAUGUCAGUUAUGCACGAUCAAACAUCUUUGACACGGUUAUGGAUUUAGAGUGAUCUUGGUUGUUGUUUAUCAGGAACAAAAUGGCUGUGGCCACACCAGAGACCAAGCUGGUGGUAGCAGCCAUAGACUUUGGCACUACUUUUUCUGGGUAUGCUUUUGCCAUGAGGGAUGACUUGGAUAAGGACCCACCCAAAACGUUUGCCCCUCACUGGAACGCCCCUGAUGGCGGCCUCAUUUCAUUUAAGACCCCGACCACCGUAUUGCUGGACAAUAGUGGGAACUUGGUGGAAUUUGGUUUCGAUGCAGAGGCUAGAUAUGUAGAACUGGCGGAAGAAGAAGAACACGAAGAAUAUUUCUACUUCCGCAGAUUUAAAAUGCUGCUCUAUGAUAAAGUCAGAAAAAAUAAAUUGACCCUAGAUACCAAGGUGCCCGACAUUAGAGGCCGGGAACUCCCUGCUGUGAAGGUGUUCUCUCAUGCUAUAAAAUUUUUAAAAGAUCACUUGAUAGAUUCACUGGAAAACAGAGGGAAGAUAGUAAAGAAGGAGGACAUAGCAUGGGUUCUAACCGUUCCUGCAAUCUGGGAUGAUCCUGCAAAAUUUUUCAUGCGAAAGGCAGCACAAGAGGCAGGUAUUCCUAGCCAUCAGUUGAUGAUAGCAUUAGAACCAGAGGCAGCCUCCAUUUACUGUAAGCAUCUCCCGGUGGAGAAGUUUGAAGGCACGAACCACAUCAGUGUAUUUCAACCCGGCAGCAAAUAUCUGGUUCUGGAUGCUGGAGGUGGAACAGUGGAUAUAACAGUUCAUGAAGUAAAAAGCAACGGGAACCUGAGAGAGCUUGAUCGAGCCAGUGGAGGGGACUGGGGAGGGACCAGCGUGGAUCUGGCCUUCAAGAACUCCCUGAUGGAGAUAGUAACGGAGGGAAUGAUGGAGGGAUACUGUCACAAGUUCACCGGGGACUACAUAGCGAUGUUCAGGGAUUUCGAGAUAAAAAAACGCAAACGCGCAAGUGGAAACGACUCCAACUCCAAAAUAACUUUAAAAAUUCCAGCAACGUUUAUAGAAGAAUGCUCUGAAACUCUGGGUACCGACUUAACCACCCUCACCAAUAAGACCAGGUACCGAGGCCACUUCGUCUGGGGUGCAGACAAGGUCAGGAUCGACCUCCCUACCUUCGAUAGCUUCUUUCAGCCCGCAUGCGAAGGGAUCAAUAAACAUUUAAAAGAAUUGUUCCAAUCACCCAAAGUUAAGGGAAUUAAGAAAAUAUUGAUGGUCGGGGGGUUUUCUGAGUCGUAUAUUUUACAGGAGUCGGUCCGCAAGGCUUUCCCCGAUUGUCAAGUCAUUGUUCCCCAGGAAGCUGGGUUAGCCGUCCUUCGUGGUGCAGUUUUAUUUGGGGACAAACCAAAGGCAAUAGAGUCUCGUAUUGCAAAGUUCACGUACGGGAUUGAUAUGAGCACGAAAUUUGAUCCAUCAAAACAUAUGGAAUCUAAGAAAAUAAUCGUAGACGGAAAGGAAUAUUGCGAUGACAUAUUUGAUCGUCAUGUAAAGAGAGGUGAUGAGUUGAUAGUCGAUGAGGCCCAGGCUGAAAGAUCGUAUGUUCCUUUGACCGCACGUCAGAAACAAAUAAGGAUUGGUGUCUAUACAUCUAAAGAGGACGAUCCUUUCUAUGUUGAUGAAUGCGAAAAAAUUGGGUCUUUUGUUGUGAAAGUACCACUGGGCAUAGAUGAUCGCUCCGUUGAAGCGAGGAUGAUUUUUGGCGGGACGGAACUCACCGUGGAGGCCAAGGUAGUGAAAACGGGGAAAAUUGUUCCUGUAGAUUUUGAAUUACCAGAAGAGGAAAAGAUAUGAACUAAUUAAUUUUCGGAGAUUUAUUCCAGAUAAUUUUUUUCAUCUUAAUAUAUAACAAUCUCUUCCUCAAUGAAUAAUGAAUUAGACUUUGAUAGAGUAGAACCAAAUAUUCUGCUCAAUAUUUAGAGAUGUAAAAGUAGCACAUGUAGUUGCCAGCCUUUUCUUUAUUGUAUUAUACUCCAUAUACAUGUAUUCAUGUACCACCUAAAACAUAUAUUACAAACUCACUGUCAGUGUUCUGUUUUCUCUGUAACCUACAAUGGACUACCAAUAAAUCAGAUUACAAAC